UCGGGCUCGGAGGAUCGCACCUGUGAAAAUUUAACAACUUCAAAAUUCCGAAAAUUCCCGAAAAAAAUCACCUCCCCCUCCCAUUAAAUAACACCUUCCACCUCCCCGCCUCGGCCAUUCUGUGCCCCUAAAGAAUACAAAAACGCAAACUCGAGCAGAAAAAACAGUGAAAACUUUUGGAAAAGUGAAAUGUGUUCAGCAAAUCGGUGCUAAUUUAAAAUUAAUGAAGCUGUCGAAACAAUUAAUCCUGGGAGUUAGAUUAUGCCUUCACCCCAGUACCUUCACCAGGACAUCUUCAAGGGGAAAUUAUCCCGACGUCUCGAUCUGUGAAAAAUUAUGGAAAAGAGGAUAACCUUGAACUCGUAAAAAUUCCUCUCUUUAACCUCAAUUUUCAAUUGAAUUCAUUGGAUUACUGGAUAAUUAGUUUUCUUAGGGAUUUGUCUUUGAUUUGUUUUUUGACGUGUGUGAGGGCAAUUGAGGGAUCAGAAGUUUUUUUCAGCUGUCGUGACAAAGUGACAGUUCGAGAUGAUUUCUUGAAUAAAUGAGAAAAGUAGAGAGUAAAAUCUUGUCUGGAGGAUCUUGGAUUUGCAUAAUUGUGUGUGGGCGAGCAGUUGGUGACAAAUAUUGCUAUUGUAGACAAGACGUUGAUUGUCGUCCAGGGGGAGAGGAUGAAACAUGAGGGGGAAUGACAUGAUGGAGGACGCUAUGUCUGAGGACACGAUGAUGGACUGCGGGAGUGAGGGAGAGGGCCUGGACGAACUCGUACACCUGAGUUGUCAGAUUUCCGACUCUUUACCCAACAUUCGAGACGCUGCGGAACGUCUCCUAACUCUCCUGGGUGUUGAUGAGGAUGAAGACUCUUCAGAAGACGAGGGUGUCGAGCUUGAUCUCGACGACGAGGGGCUUGAUAACUCGAGAUUUCUCCACCAGCUGGCAACCUCUCUAGUUCAAGAGUUAAAAUACACCCAGAAGCCCACAUCCUUUCAUCCUUUACCCCUGAACGACCUCCAGGAGCAAAUCCAACAGAUGGAUGUGUCUGGAGAGGAGAAUCCUGCCCAAGGUAUUCUCCAGAGCAGUCAAAACUCCUCAUCAUUUUCCCAAAAAUUCUCGAAUCCAAGCGAACAAAUCGUGUCCUCUAGACCUAAUCCUCAUUACGUGGCCUUGAGAACGAGCUGCGACGGCUACAUCACCAACAAGAGAUGCAGACUCGAGGAGACGAGGGAGGAGGAGGAAAAUGAUGAGGAUUCGGUUUUAUCGGGUGAUAUUGUGAGCUCCUGGAGCGCAGGAUGGGAGGCCUGUGCUACUGAAGCUGUUAGAUACCUCCUUGAGGUCGAGGGACUUCCUCCACAACAUCCCAAGGUCCUCUCGUUGAAGAGUCAUCUGGAGGUGCAAAAGGACCGAGCGUUCUCUCAGUUUGCCACGUGAAUUUGAGAUUUUUUUAGGUUAAAUGGUGUCAGGUGUCAGGACGACUGGAUCGUUGAGAUUGGCCCUGGAUACCUGAGGGACUCCGUACACGGAGGGAGCUGCAGGUUGAGGUUAUGGACAAUUAGGGAUAUUCGUUAUGUGUGACGUCACGGCCUUUAUGUUUGUGAGAUUAUCUCGAAAAAUAAUUGUAUAAGUAAGUGAAGUUAGGGUUAGAUAAGAUUUCACGGAUACCAUUGAUCCAGUGCCAUUUUGCCUAACGCCGAUUCGUCGAUAAUCGAUUGGUCGAAAAUCGGAAAACAAUCGUAGAGACAAUGGCCGCGUGAAGAACAGUUAGCAUAAAAGGGAAAAUCAAUUAUACCAUGAAAAUUGCAGCUAGUGCAUUUUUGUUAAUUGAAUUAUUCUAUUUUCUUGUAACGCUCAAUUAAUUAGUUAAUUAAAGGUUUUUCUUGUUGCACGUAAUGGAACUAUUGACUCACGAGGAAAACGAUUCUCAUAAAUUUUUCUAUUUUCAGUGAAACUUUUAAAAUAAUAUGAAUAUAUUAUAUUGAUAUUAUAUUGGUUUCAAUCUAUAAAUAAAAGAAGUAAAACAAAAGGCUGAAAAAUGAAGAAAUUUACAGGCGCAUUUUCGACGAAUCGAAGGAUUAGAGAAAAAGGAUUAGAGAAAAGUUUUGUUGCAGAAACAAUUGAAAAAAGCAUUCUAAAUUAUUAUAAUUUAUAAUUUAUUAAAAAAUAAAAAAUAAAUUUUAUAAUUAGGUAUAGCUCUCAUCAAGUCACUUAUCACUUUAGAACCUCUCCGUGUACGUAACGAAGGACUUUAGGGAAAUACAUAUUCUUAUUGUCCACUGAAGGAACAUCUCGUCGACGACUCAACCUCUUCAACAGAUGCUCUUUUAUUUCUAAUAAUCAAUCGUUGAUGAUGCAGUUCAGAGAAGUUGUAAAAGACCAAAAUUCAUACUCGAAUAAUUUUUUUACAAUUUCUGCAACGAAUUUAGGUAUUUUUUUUAUUACUUUUAUCAUUUAAGAAUUUUUGGUUGUUGUAAAUAUGUAUAAUAAUGAUUCAUUACGAUGUAAUUGUAUUGCUACUUUUACAUGAACAUCCGGAUGAAUGAAUGAUAAAUUAAUGUAGAUAAAUAAACAU